AUGGUGUUAGUAUUAGUUAUAGGAGACCUUCACAUUCCUUAUCGAGUACAUGAUCUCCCACUCAAGUUCAAAAAGCUUUUGGUACCUGGUAAAAUACAACAAAUCAUAUGUACAGGGAAUGUAUGUGAUAAAGAAACAUUUGAUUACUUACGUACGAUAGCAGCAGAUGUUCAUAUGGUGAGAGGAGAUUAUGAUGAGUUUCCAAAUUGGCCUCUUUCUAAGGUCAUAACUCAUGGACCUAUUCGCAUUGGAGUUUUUCAUGGUCACCAAGCAAUUCCUGUUGGUGACGCAGAAUCGUUAUCAAUUGUAGCGCGACAAAUGGAUGUUGAUAUAUUAUUAUCAGGUUAUACGCAUCGAUUUGAAGCGAUUGAAUAUGAAGGAAAAUUUUUUGUUAAUCCGGGUAGUGCUACUGGUGCAUAUUCCGGGUUUACAACAGAAGAAAUUAAACCUUCUUUCGUACUGAUGGAUAUUCAAGGAGUUGUUGUAGUCACUUAUGUCUAUCAAUUAAUCGAUGGGGAAGUGAAGGUUGACAAAAUUGAAUAUAGAAGGACCUAUGAUACAAAUAGAGUUUUGUAA